AAAUUGCUUUUGAAAUCAGGUCAUGCAUGUUGUUUUUAUGUCAGUGAUGAUGAUGAUGAUGAUGAUGAUGGUUCCUCCAGCAGAUGGCGCUGUUUCAAUAUUCAGGAGCACGAGCGCUUCUAAAUUUAGCCACUUACAUCCCUAACCCCUAAUAAAGGCAGUGACCUGGUAAAUGCUUUAUAGUAUUCAUAUUAAACAGAGACAGAGUUCGGCUGGUUUUAUUAGCGCAACAUGAACCAAUUUAAUUUGAUUAUCUCUCAAGCCAAAAGAAAAAAAACUCCUACAAAGCUGAAGUUCUCAUUUGAGCACGUGAUCUGACACGACGGUGACGUCAUUGUCUUCCGGGUGUUUGGCGCGCUGUCGCCUCCUGCUGGAACAACAACAACAAGAACAACAGUGCCUUCCACACAGUUACCGACUGAUCCAACCUCUGAUAAAUAUAUUCACACAGAACCUUGUGUGUGUGUGUGAUGUCUCAGUUGUGCUGUCUAGGUAAUGCGAUGGUCUCUGCGGCUCGUCCUGAGCUCCAGGUGCUUCGAUCUCGCUCCCUCAGAAACGCCCCGCUGCCACCCGGCCAGUAGAUUCUCGCCCGGCUCCCGCCACAUAAACAGACAAGAUUGCAAAGAUCUGCCCCACAUCGAGCAUGACGGCCACCACCCGUGGCUCGCCCGCGGGGGGCAACGAGAGCCAGAGCCAAGCGCCAGACGGCCAGAACCAGACCCAAACCCUGCUGCCCCAGAACCAGACGCCCUCCCCAAACUCCUCCAAUGAGACGUCACCCAUCAGUCCGCCAGAGGAACCGGGGCAGGGAGAAGCCCCGCCCACACAGGAAGAGGAGGAGCCUGCCUUCCCCCACACAGACCUGGCCAAGCUGGACGACAUGAUCAACCGGCCGCGCUGGGUGGUUCCGGUCCUGCCCAAAGGAGAGCUGGAGGUUCUGCUGGAAGCUGCUGUAGAUCUCAGUAAAAAAGGGCUCGACGUGAGGUGCGAGGCGUGUCAGAGGUUUUUCCGUGAUGGCCUGACGAUCUCAUUCACCAAAAUCCUGACAGAUGAGGCUGUGAGCGGCUGGAAGUUUGAGAUCCACAGGUGCAUCAUCAGUAACACCCACCGUCUGAUCGAGCUCUGCGUCGUCAAAAUGGCUCAGGAUUGGUUCCCUCUGCUUGAAGUGCUGGCCAUGGCGACUAACCCGCACUGCAAGUUCCACAUUUACAACGGCACGCGUCCGUCUGAGAGCGUUCCUGCGGGAGCGCAGCUCACCGACGAUGAGCUGUUCGCCCGGCCGCCCGACCCACGCUCUCCAAAGGGUUGGCUGGUGGACCUCAUCAAUAAGUUCGGGACGUUGAACGGGUUCCAGAUUCUGCACGAUCGCUUCACGAGCGGCCAGGCUCUCAACGUGCAGAUCAUCGCAGCUCUCAUAAAACCUUUCGGCCAGUGCUACGAGUUCUUGACUUUGCACACGGUGAAGAAGUUUUUCUUGCCCGUAAUCGAGAUGGUCCCACAGUUUCUGGAGAACCUCACAGACGAGGAGCUGAAGAAGGAGGCCAAGAACGAGGCCAAGAAUGAUGCUCUGUCCAUGAUCAUAAAGUCCUUGAAGAACCUGGCGUCCAGAGUUCCGGGUCAAGAGGAAACCGUCAAGAACCUGGAAAUCUUCAGGUUAAAAAUGAUUCUUAGGUUGUUGCAGAUUUCCUCAUUUAAUGGGAAAAUGAAUGCGCUGAAUGAAGUCAACCAGGUGAUCUCGAGCGUGUCGUAUUACACGCACCGGCACGGAAACCCAGAGGAGGAGGAGUGGCUGACCGCAGAGCGAAUGGCCGUAAGAACCCAAUCAAUACACAAUCAAUCAAUCAAUCACUGUCAUAUUAAAUAUGACAUGGAAACGCACCUUGAAGUUCCUGAUGGACGGCUCAUAGAGAAAGAAAAACGCAGCUCAACUGUAAAUUAUCUACCGUGUCGUGUUUCUCAGGCUGGUAAACAUGAAGCGAUCGUCAAGAACGUCCACGAUCUGUUGGCCAAGCUAGCAUGGGAUUUUUCCCCGGAGCAGCUCGAUCACCUGUUCGACUGCUUCAAGUCAAGUUGGACGAACGCUGGUAAGAAGCAGCGGGAGAAGCUUCUGGAGUUGAUCCGCAGGCUGGCAGAGGACGAUAAGGACGGAGUGAUGGCUCACAAAGUGCUCAACCUGCUGUGGAACCUGGCACACAGUGAUGACGUCCCCGUCGACAUCAUGGACCAGGCUUUGAGCGCUCACAUGAAGAUCCUGGACUACAGCUGCUCGCAGGACCGCGACACGCAGAAGAUGCAGUGGAUCGACCGCUUCAUCGAGGAGCUCCGGACGAAUGAUAAGUGGGUGAUUCCAGCUCUGAAGCAGAUCAGGGAGAUCUGCAGCUUGUUUGGAGAAGCUCCUCAGAACCUCAGUCAGACGCAGAGGAGUCCACACGUCUUCUACCGUCACGAUCUGAUCAACCAGCUCCAGCACAAUCACGCGCUCGUCACGCUGGUGGCUGAGAACCUGUCUGCGUACAUGGACAACAUGAGGCAGUUCUCCAGAGAGCAUACAGGGUUUGAUCCUCAGACGGUUCGAGCGGGAAGCGUGCUGCAGCUGGACCCCACGCUGCUCACGGAGAACGGCAUGAAGUGCUUCGAGCGCUUCUUCAAAGCUGUGAACUGCAGAGAGGGCAAGCUGGUGGCCAAACGCAGGGCGUACAUGAUGGACGACCUGGAGCUGAUCGGGCUCGACUACCUCUGGAGGGUCGUGAUUCAAGGCAGUGAUGAUAUCGCCACUCGAGCGAUAGACCUGCUGAAGGAAAUAUACACCAACCUCGGACCAAAGCUACAGGUGAAUCAGGUCGAGAUCCAUGAGGACUUCAUCCAGUCGUGCUUCGACCGGCUCAAGGCCUCGUACGACACGCUGUGUGUGCUGGACGGAGAUAAGGACAGCAUUAACUGCGCCAGACAGGAGGCCAUACGCAUGGUGCGCGUUCUGACGGUGCUCAGAGAGUACAUCACCGAGUGUGACAGCGACUACCACGAGGAGAGGACCAUCCUGCCCAUGUCCAGGGCGUUCCGUGGGAAGCACAUCACUCUGGUGGUGAGGUUUCCCAAUCAGGGCCGUCAGGUGGAGGACUUGGACAUCUGGUCCCACACCAACGACACCAUCGGCUCGGUCCGCCGCUGCAUCCUCUCUCGCAUCAAAGCCAACAGCACACACACUAAAGUAGAGCUGUUCAUCGGAGGAGAGAUCGUGGACCCCGCUGAGGACCGCCGGCUGAUUGGACAGCUCAACCUCAAAGAUAAAACUGUGAGCUUUACAGAUGUCUCAGUGUGUAUCAGUGCCAGUAGUAACACUAGUUCCGACUCGUCCACCGGCUCGCCCGGGAACCACACAAACCACUACAGCGACGGGCCGAACCCCGAGGUGGAGAGCUGCCUGCCAGGAGUGAUCAUGUCGCUGCAUCUGCGCUAUAUCUCCUUCUUGUGGCAGAUCGCUGAUCUGGGCUGCACCCUGAGCAUGCCGCUACUGCGAGACGGAGCUCGAGUGCUCAUGAAGCUCAUGCCUCCAGAUAACACUACAGUGGAGAACCUGCGAGCGAUCUGUUUGGAUCACGCUAAGCUGGGAGAGAACAGUCUGAGUCCCACUCUGGAUUCACGCUUCUUUGGCCCGUCUGCUUCACAAGUGCUCUACCUCACCGAGGUGGUGUAUGCGCUGCUGAUGCCAGCCAGUGGAACGCUGGGAGACGACGCCAGUGACUUCCAGUACAACUUCCUGAAGAGCGGCGGCCUGCCUCUGGUUCUGGGCAUGCUCACCAGGAACAACUUCCUUCCCAGUGCGGACAUGGAGACGAGACGCGGCGCCUACCUGAACGCCCUGAAGAUCAGCAAGCUCCUGCUCACUGCCAUCGGGUUCGGACACGUGAAGGCCGUGGCGGAGGCCUGCCAGCCGCUGGUGGAGGGAACCAACCCCGCGUCACCAAUAAAUCAGGCGACCCAUGAACAGGCGCUGGUGCUGCAGAACGCUCUCCAGAGCAUUCCCAAUCCCGCCUCCGAGUGCAUGCUGCGCAACGUGUCCCUCCGGCUGGCCCAGCAGAUCUCUGACGAGAACUUCUUCCAGGCCUCAAAGUACAUCCCGGAUAUCUGUGUGAUCCGCGCCGUGCAGAAGAUCGUCUGGGCUUCCGGUUGUGGGAUGGUGCAUCUGGUCUUCAGCUCGAACGAAGAGAUCAGCCAGAUCUACGAGAAGACUAACGCGGAUGAGCCGGACGCUGAAGACGAGCAGGUGUGCUGUGAGGCGCUGGAGGUCAUGACCUUGUGUUUUGCUCUGCUCCCUACGGCCCUCGACACGCUCAGCAAAGAGAAAGCCUGGCAGACCUUCAUCAUCGACCUGCUGCUGCACUGCCAGAGCAAAGCUGUGCGUCAGAUGGCACAGGAGCAGUUCUUCCUCAUGGCCACCAGGUGCUGUAUGGGACACAGACCCCUCCUGUUCUUCAUCACCCUCCUCUUCACUGUUCUGGGAAGUACGGCGAAGGAAAGAGCGAAGCACGCUGGCGAUUACUUCACGCUCUUGCGCCACUUACUCAACUACGCCUACAACAGCAACAUAAACCUUCCCAAUGCCGAGGUGCUGCUGAACAACGAGAUCGACUGGCUCAAGAGGAUCCGGGAUGAGGUGAAGAGGAGCGGAGAGACGGGUGUGGAAGAGACCAUUCUAGAGGGUCAUCUGAGGGUCACCAAAGAGCUGCUGGCCUUUCAGACCCCGGAGAAAAAGUUCUACAUCGGCUGUGAGAAAGGAGGCGCUAAUCUGAUAAAGGAGCUGACCGAUGACUUCAUCUUCCCGGCGUCUAACGUGUUUCUGCAGUUCGUGAAGAGCGGCGAGUUCCCGGCGGAGCAGGCUAUACCGGUGUGCAGCAGUCCUGCGUCUAUAAACGCCGGCUUCGAGCUGCUGGUGGCGCUCUCUGUCGGCUGCGUGCGGAACCUCAAGCAGAUCGUCAACACGCUCACAGACAUGUACUAUCUAGGUUGCGAGGCGCUUACAGAGUGGGAGUAUCUGCCUCCGGUGGGGCCGCGGCCGAACAAAGGCUUCGUGGGUCUGAAGAACGCAGGAGCCACGUGCUACAUGAACUCCGUGAUCCAGCAGCUUUACAUGAUCCCGCCCAUCCGCAACGCCAUCCUGGCCAUCGAAGGCACUGGCAGCGACAUCGACGACGACGACACGUCCGGAGACGAAAAGCAGGACAACGAGAGUAAUGUGGACCCCAGGGAUGAUGUGUUCAGUUAUCAUCAGCAGUUUGAUGACAAGCCCUCUCUCAAUAAGGCCGAGGACCGUCAGGAGUACAACAUCGGAGUGCUGCGGCAUCUGCAGGUCAUCUUCGGUCACCUCGCCACGUCCCGUCUGCAGUACUACGUGCCCAGAGGCUUCUGGAAACAGUUCAGGUUAUGGGGGGAGCCGGUGAAUCUGAGAGAGCAGCACGACGCGCUGGAGUUGUUCAAUUCCCUGGUGGACAGUCUGGAUGAAGCACUGAAAGCCCUCGGCCAUCCCAGCAUGCUCAGCAGGAUCUUGGGCGGCUCGUUUGCAGACCAGAAGAUCUGUCAGGGUUGUCCUCACAGGUAUGAGUGUGAGGAGUCCUUCACAACACUGAAUGUAGACAUCAGGAACCACCAAAACCUCCUUGACUCUUUAGAACAGUACGUCAAAGGGGAUCUUCUCGAAGGAGCCAAUGCGUACCACUGUGAGAAGUGCAACAAAAAGGUGGACACGGUGAAGCGUCUCCUUAUAAAGAAUCUCCCGCCGGUGUUAGCCAUCCAGCUGAAGCGCUUCGAUUACGACUGGGAGCGCGAGUGUGCGAUUAAGUUCAACGAUUACUUUGAGUUCCCUCGUGAGCUGGACAUGGAGCCCUACACGGUGGCAGGCGUGGCGAAGCUGGAGGGUGACGAGGUUCCGCCGGAGAGCCAGGUCAUCGCUGAGAACUCUGAUCCGAACAGCAGCUCCCGCUAUCGGCUCGUGGGUGUGCUGGUGCACUCGGGGCAGGCCAGCGGCGGACACUACUACUCUUAUAUCAUGCAGCGGCACUGUAAUGGCAGCGACGGACUGAAGGACCGCUGGUAUAAGUUUGAUGACGGCGACGUGACGGAGUGUAAGAUGGACGAUGACGAGGAGAUGAAGAACCAGUGCUUCGGUGGAGAGUACAUGGGUGAGGUGUUCGACCACAUGAUGAAGCGCAUGUCGUACCGGCGGCAGAAGCGCUGGUGGAACGCCUACAUUCUGUUCUAUGAGCGCAUGGACGCAGCAGGGGGCGAUGGAGAGCUGCUGAAGUACAUCUCCGAGCUGACGCUCACGUCCCGGACGAACCAGCCUAAAAUGCCCUUGGCCAUCGAGGCCAGCGUUCGCAAACAGAACGUGCAGUUCAUGCACAGCCGCAUGCAGUACAGCCUCGAGUAUUUUCAGUUCGUUAAGAAACUGCUGACCUGCAACAGCGUCUACCUGAACCCUCCUCCAGGUCAAGAUCAUCUUUUACCAGAAGCUGAAGAAAUAGCGAUGAUUAGUAUACAGCUUGCAGCUAGAUUUCUGUUCAGCACUGGAUUCCACACAAAGAAAGUCGUCCGAGGCCCUGCUAGUGACUGGUAUGAUGCCUUGUGUAUUCUGUUGCGUCACAGCAAGAACGUCCGCAGCUGGUUUGCACACAGCGUCCUCUUUGCCUUCCCCACGCGCUUCUCGGAGUUCUUGCUGGAGUGUCCGAGUUCGGAGGUGCGCGGAGCUUUUGCCAAGCUCAUCGUGUUCAUCGCACACUUUUCCCUGCAGGACGGACCCUGCCCUGCUCCGGUCACCUCGCCCGGCUCGUCCACACAGGCCUGUGACAGUGUGACCAUGAGUGACCAUCUGUUGCGGGCGGUGCUGAACUUACUGAGGAGAGAAGUGUCCGAACACGGACGCCACCUCCAGCAGUACUUCAACCUCUUCGUCAUGUACGCCAAUCUGGGUCUGGCAGAAAAGACACAGCUGCUGAAGCUGAGCGUUCCAGCUACGUUCAUGCUGGUGGCGCUGGACGAGGGUCCCGGGCCUCCCAUUAAGUAUCAGUACGCAGAGCUCGGCAAACUCUACACCGUAGUGUCACAGCUGGUGCGCUGCUGCGACGUGACGUCACGCAUGCAGUCCUCCAUUAACGGUAACCCACCUCUGGCCAAUCCGUUCGCCGACCCCAGCCUCACGGCUCCCAUCAUGCCCCUGCAGCAGCUGGUGGCUGAAACCCUGUUUGUGCGCACCAGCUACGUGAAGAAGAUCAUCGAGGACUGCAGCACUUCUGAGGAGACGGUGAAGCUGCUGCGCUUCUGCUGCUGGGAGAACCCACAGUUCUCCUCCACGGUCCUCAGCGAGCUGCUCUGGCAGGUGGCGUAUUCCUACACCUAUGAGCUGAGGCCUUACCUGGAUCUCCUGCUGCAGAUCCUCCUGAUUGAGGACUCGUGGCAGACGCACCGGAUCCACAAUGUUUUGAAGGGCAUUCCCGAUGACCGAGACGGGCUCUUUGACACCAUCCAGCGCUCCAAGAACCAUUAUCAGAAACGGGCCUAUCAGUGCAUUAAAUGCAUGGUGGCCCUCUUCACCAACUGCUCUGUGGCUCAUCAGAUCCUGCAGAGUAAUGGGGAUCUGAAGAGGAAGUGGACGUGGGCAGUAGAAUGGCUGGGUGAUGAGCUGGAGAGGAGGCCAUACACGGGAAACCCUCAGUACAGCUACAACAACUGGUCUCCUCCGGUUCAGAGCAACGAGACGUCCAACGGAUAUUUCCUGGAGCGCUCUCACAGCGCCCGCAUGACCCUGGCCAAGGCCUGCGAGCUCUGUCCUGAAGAGGAGCCAGAUGAUCAGGAAGCACCUGAUGAGCACGACUCGUCGCCGCCGGAGGACACUGCGCUCUAUCCUCAUUCUCCAGGAACACAGUAUCAGCAGCCUAAUAACCAGCCUCAUGGGCAGCCCUACACCGGCCCGGCCGCCCAGCACAUGAAUAACCCGCAGCAAGCCCCGCAGAGGCCUCAAGAAAGCUGGGAGGGAACGGACGAAGUCCCUCCAGUCCAGACUAAAGAGUAGCAGUCGCCCACACCUUGCCUCGAGACCGCAUCUGCUCGUCUCCAGGACCGAGACCAGGCCUUACAAACAGCAGUCUCGUAACGUACUCUAUGCCACCCAACUCCUGCAGCACUGACGUCUCUCUUCUCCACACUAGAUCUGUCUGUGAUGAUGAACCUGGAGCGACGUGAGUGUCCACACUGUCUGCAGACGAGCUGCGUGGGUACAGCUCUUGGAGUGAUCCGUCACUGUAGCGUGAGCGUUCAGGAAUAGUGAUGGUGUAUAUAGUGUGCAAAUAUCUAGACCUUUGGACCCCCUCCUGUUCCAUCAUCAUCAUCAUCAUCAUCAUCAUCUAAAAAUACCACAGCACCCGAAUGAAGGGAAACCCGAGGCUUCGUCGUCGCCGGGUGUUGCUCGUGUGUGAGGAUGAGUUUGCUGCGUCAGCACCGAGGCACACAAACAUUACAUGCUCAUGACUCUCCGUGUGGUUUCUGGAGCAAAUCGGCGUCACUCUACUGAUUUAGAAGGCAUUGAAAUCUUUCAGCGAUGCUUAUUUGUUUUGCUUUUCUUCAUUCAUCAGGGCGCCUUCAGGCAUGUUAGGAGUGUGCUGUGAUCUUCUGUUAGGGUCUUUAACACCACUUUCUCGUCCAUCCACUUCAACCUCAUUAGCAGCUGGUGGCUGCAGAUUUACUCCACAGAGUAAAGUCUCUCUGGCACUCGAGUCCAUGUUUCAUUUGUAUUGUCAGCGGGCUGGAAAGUGUAAUAACUCAUCUUGUUUUGCCACCAUUGAAUCGAAUUUCAGUUGCCCUAGUUCUGAGUCUGCCUCUUGGCUCCUCCCACUUCCUCCGUCCCUGUCCAAUGAAAAUGCAGCCACGGCCACACUGCUCUGUAUCCGGGGAGAUUUGCAGGGAGGUCAUCGUGCUCCGGGAUUCAUCAACUCUACUGGAUUUAUAAAGUGUGGCUCUUUUGUCUGAAUACCAAAAUGCCAGCGAAGGAAGUGGGAGCCCACCAUAUUUUAUUUUGCUGUUUUCUUUGAUAGAGGUUAUUUUGUUGAAUUUGAGAAGAAAGCGUUUGAGCGUUUGAAUGAAAAGGCCUUGUCCUAGUGUCGUUAUUUUUAAGAGGAUAUUCACUCUGCAGAGUUCUGUGAGCCCUGUUUUUGCCGAGCGUUGUUUACGGCGUGAGGUUGAAUUCUGGAGCUGCUUUAGCCAUGUGAAGUUUUCACUUGAAGUCUUUCUUUCCCUGCACAGAUGUAUAAUAACAGAAGCACUGCACCACUGGAAACAAUAAAUUACACAUUUAAAUGCAA